AUGGCCCCCAUCCUUCUCCACGCGAAUCAGCCCCCGGACGGCUUCUACGCCGGCGGAGCGCGCAUCUCGACCCUGCGCGGCGCCGCCUCCUGCGCAUCAUACCAGCCUGAGGACUGGGUCGCGUCGACGACGUGCUGCCGCGGGUCCGAGGGCGUCGGGCUCAGCAAGCUGCCGGACGGCCGCCUGCUGCGCGACGCGGUGGCCUCGGAGCCGGAGCGGUGGCUGGGGCCGGCGCACGUGGCCAAGCACGGCGGCGGCGGCGACACCAAGCUGCUGGUCAAGCUGCUCGACGCGGGCCAGCGGCUGCCGGUCCACGCGCACCCGCACGUCGACUGGGCGGCACGGCACCUCGCGGCGCGGCACGGCAAGGCCGAGGCGUGGUACGUGCUGACGCCGGGCAGCGUGUGGCUGGGCCUGCGGGACGGGUUCGACGGGGCCGGGGAGCUGCGCCGGCUGGUGCUCGACGGCGACGGCGACGGCGAGGCGCUGCUGGCGCGCAUGCACAAGGUGGACGUGGUGCCGCAUCAAAGCGUCUACGUGCCGCCGGGCGUGCUGCACUGCCUGGGCGAAGGCGUCAUGGUGGUCGAAGUGCAGGAGCCCGAGGACAUGUCGGUGCUGUGCGAGUGGAAGGGCUUCCGCAUCAAUGGGCGCAAAGAGGGACACCUGGGGCUGGGCUUUGACGUUGCCCUGACGGCGGUUGAGACGCGCGCGCGGACGAGGGAGCAGAUUAUGGAGCUGGUCAAAGACAGCCAAGCAUCAACGUCGUCGUCGGACGGCAGCAGCGUCGUCGUCGAUGCGUCGCGCGAGUAUUUCGAGCUCGAGCGGCGCCGCGUCGUCGCAGGGGCCCAGCAGCGCUGCCGCCGCGGGUUUGCCGUCGUCAUUGUCCUCGGCGGCGCCGUGUCGUUGGCCGUGGAUGCGCGUCAUGACGGCGGUGGUGAUGAUGGGGGGCUUGCGCUGAGCAAGGGGGCGACGGUUGUGGUGCCGUUUGCGGAUGGCGACUUUGUCCUCGAGGGCGACGGUGCCGAUGUGCUCAUUGCGCGGCCGCCGCAGUAG